ACUAUCCCGUCAAAUACUCAAUACUCGAAACAUAGAAGAUCAAAGCUGUCUACUUUGCUUUACUUUGAGCGGUCUCUCUCUCUCUCUCUCUCUCUCUCUCUCUCUAGUCUCUCCCCGCUUCUUUGCGUCUCUGCAGAAAAUUAAAAUACGGUUAAAGAACCCAUGAAUAAAUGGGGUGUGAGAAAGAAGAAACCCUAACACCAAACACCAGUAGAAGAAAUAAAGAAAUGACAAGAAACGGAAACCGAUGAAGAACAUCGAUGGGGAAUCGGAUUUGCAGGAAGAGUACGGUCGAGGAGCGGUUCACGAGGCCGCAGCGGCUCGUUCGCGCCAAGUCCAACGUCGACUACAAGAAUCUUCGGAAGCUUAUUCUAUCUCAAAAGCUCGCGCCUUGCUUUGAUGGCAUCGAAGAGUCUAAUAAUCCUGAUCUUGAAGAAUGCCCAAUUUGUUUCUUCUAUUAUCCGAGUUUGAAUCGGUCGAGAUGUUGUACGAAGGGCAUUUGCACCGAAUGCUUUUUGCAGAUGAGGCCUUCAAAUGCUAUGCAUUCUCCUCAGUAUCCUCUUAAAAUCAUAAUUGCUUGGAUUGCUUAUUUCUUUGUCUGUUGGUUAUUUUUCAUUGUAUCCUUAGCUGGCAAAAGGUGCCCAUUCUGCAAAACUCCAAGUUAUGCCGUCGAAUACCGUGGUGCUAGGACACAAGAAGAAAAGGGCCUUGAGCAAGCUGAAGAACAGAGGGUUAUUGAGGCCAAAAUAAGAAUGCAGUUGCUAGAAUCACAAAAUUCAGAUCAGGUCAUUGUAAACAACCGGAAUUCCUCUUCUUUGGGAGUUCAAUCUUCAGUCAUUGGCUCCAGGGAAUCGUUGAAUGGUAGAUUACAGGACAUAGAGAACAGAGAUCUAUCUUUAGUGGGUCAGGGAAUCCAGGUUGCUGGAUCUCCUGGAAGUGUAUGGGAUAUAAGGUAUGAUGAAUUUGGAGUAGAUCUUGAAGACAUUAUGAUGAUGGAAGCUAUAUGGCAAUCUAUCAAGGAUACUAGACUACUGGAAGGUACGGCUCAGCAAUCAUUAGGAUCCAUUGACACAGCUAGUGAUUGUCAUGUGUCAAACCAAACUGGGUCAUAUUUGGCACUAGUUGGUCAAGCGGCAGUUCCCUCGGAUUCAGUAACUGGUGGAGUUGCAGUUGCAAUUGCGAGACUGGCACAUGAAAAUAAUUUCCGUUCAGAAAUGUCCCAACCAAUUCAGGAUCAUAGUCAGGCCUACCAGUACCAAUAUGAAAAUGCUAUAGGACAUCAUAGCUGCAUUCCGAGUAAUACAUAUUGUGAUGCAGACAUACCAAUUAGGUCUGAUUUAGAGCAAGAAUUUGACGAUACAGAGUCAGAAAAUUGUUGCCUGGAAAGCUCUUGUUCCGCAACUGAGGAUGAUUCCUGGGGAUCAUUCUCUGCCUAUCCCCUAAAUGGGAGUCAACAUUCAUCAGAUGGGUUCAUCUCCGAUGAAGAUCUGACAGCAGAGAUGGUUAAUGAUGAUGAAUCCUCAUGUAUAAGCAUCCCUCAUACAAUCUCUGAUUCAUCAUAUGGAAGCCUAAAUUCUUUAUGACAUUGGCAGGAACCCAAGCCUUUUGCAGCUUUCAGGCCCUACUACAGUUGAGAGGCAUGCUGUUUGCUAACUUUGGCACAUGAUCCUGUGACAUUUCAUUGGCUAUCUUAGAAAUGGCAAUCAUCUAUGGGCAAAGAUCGUGCCCAAGAGAUGGUAUUAUGAUUGCCAUGGUGUUUGAAUAACUUUAUCUACCAAAUGGUACCUAUCUUGAAGAAGAAUGGUAAGCCAAGACCCCUGUUGUCAUUCAACCUUUAGCAUUCCGAGCUGGAGUGGAGAAGAGAAAUAUAAAUUGUCAUAUGGGUUUUGGUCAUUUCCUUUUUCAUAUAAGAAAAAAUGAAAAACAAAAUGAAAGGACCUGAUUGAUAUUUAGGGCAUGUUGUAUCAUGAGUGUACUUUGUGCAUUUAUGUAAUCUUGAUAUGCAUAUAUAGGUGAUUGUCAUAGGGAUCAAACAUCAAAGUAACUUUUAGAGCCAGGUCUUUGGUGCUGUUUAAUUUUCUUUUAAGUUGCAGAUUAAGGGGAAGUUGACAAUAUAGAUGACUACUGUAAGAUAAUAUGGCUGUGUUAAGAUGUUUUCUAUAUUUACCAUGUUAUAGCUUGUAGCAGUGGUUCAA